CUAUGGCCAAGGGGGGGCAAUGCAUAUUUUUGAACCAAAAUUCGUUCUUCAUGACAAAGUAAUCACUUUUCUUUACCAUUCUUCUUCCAUUGCAAAAAUAUUCGUUUGUCUUUAACUUUUUCCCUCUGUCAACUUUAUAUCUUGAGCACCUUUUCCGCCUCUCUGUCUUCAUCUCUUUUUCCAAGAUGGCAAGCUUAUCAAAUUCUCUGGGGCAUUUGUUUUAAGCAGCUCAACAUGGUCCAACAUAAAUUAAAAUUCCAUUUCGAGCUCUUCCCAACAGAAGAAACUCCUCUCAUAACAAUGGCUUCCUCAAGAGGGUCUCAAUAUCUCUUCCUAUUACUUCUGUCCCUUGUUGUCUCUGCUUCCUGUGCAUCUGAAGAAAAAUUCGAAUGGGAAAAACUCCGAGUAUUUCAUCCAUCCUGGAGAGAAUUAUUGGGAAGCUUUCACAUUAAAGUAGUUAAGCAUGACUUGGUAAAUCCACCAGUUACCACCAAUCCCACAACUCCAGUAACUAAUCCUGUGACGACUCCGAGCAUUGUUCCCCCAGAUAAUUCAGCCCCAGCAGUUGUCACUGUUCCGGCAACAAACCCUGUUGGAGUAACGCCAAAUCCUGUUGCUACUCCUGCAACAGUUCCCCCCACAAACCCUGUCCCGGUGCCUAAUACAAAUCCGGUCACUCCAACAGUGCCUAAUACAAAUCCAGUCACUCCAAUGGUACCGAAUACAAAUCCGGUCACUCCAACAGUACCAGCUACCAAUCCAGUUCCAACACCAGUUACCAAUCCUGUUACCACUCCAACAACACCCGGAGCUAUUCCUGUCACUUCACCUGUUAAUAAUCCUACUCCAGCUCCAGUAACUCCAAACGCCCCAGCAACUCCUGGGCAGAGUUGGUGUGUUGCUAAGAGUGGGACAUCAGAUACUGCACUUCAGACUGCACUUGAUUAUGCAUGUGGAAUGGGAGGUGCAGAUUGUUCAACUAUCCAACAAGGUGGGAGCUGUUACAAUCCUAAUACAGUGCAGAAUCAUGCUUCAGUGGCCUUCAACAGCUAUUACCAAAAGAAUCCAUCACAAACAAGCUGUGACUUUGGGGGAACGGCUAUGAUAACCAAUGCAAAUCCAAGUACUGGUUCUUGUGUUCUUGCAACGUCUUCCUCCUCUUCAUCACCAUCAACGAGCGCCCCAACAACAGCAUCUACAUCAGGAGGAGCACCGACAGCAGCAGGCUCUGGAGCUUCUCCAACUGUUUUAAAUGCCAGUAAUCCUACUUCAGGAGGCACCUCAUCAGGUUUUGGUGACAGCCCUUCAACUUCAAGCAGCUCCACAUCCCUCUCUAUCCGUCUUCAACCAGCUAUUGGCUGCAUCUUAUUAGUGAUUACCUCCACCUUCACAAGGAUCACAGUCUCCUGAGGUUCGGACGCUGACUUGUCCAUUCAACUGAUUGAAUCGGUAGCAAAUAGCUUGCAUGAGAGGUUCAGCUUUAGUUUAGGUAGUAUAUCAGGUUUUGGUAGUUCAAGCUAUGUACAGUUUUAUGCAGGAUAAAGAUUGCAGUUAAAAGAGUACUUUUAAGGUUCAGUGUAAACCAUUAUACUACUGUUGAUCACCGUGACUUUUAGGUGCAAUAUGUCUACGUGAUUGCUUCACAUAUUUAUAAUCCAACAUAUUUGCAUCUAA